AAAAUUCAAUGCAACGCAACUUGCUAGACCGAUUUGACUGACAGCUAAACUGACCACUGCGGUUGAUGCUACCACGCACACAACCGAACAUGCUGACUAGCUGACUAGCAGCUAGCUGCCGACACAACAACAGCUGAGAGGAAGCAACGCCAGGAAAGCAGAGCAGAUGAGAUCCAGGAUUCAUAAUAAGAUGUGUUUGAGCCGGGCCCUUCUCACCGGCUGGGUCUUGCUGCUGGUCCAGGUGCUGUGUUUAGAGGCAGUGCCCAUCAGUAUGGAUAAAACAAAAGUCCACCUGCCAGAGAAAAGAGAACCAGAAGAGCCUCCAGCAGCUAGCGUGGACACUGGACUCCACUAUGACCGCUACCUCAGGGAAGUCAUCGAUUUUCUAGAGAAAGAUCAGCAUUUCAGGGAAAAGCUCCACAACACAGACAUGGAAGACAUCAAGCAAGGUAAACUGGCCAAAGAGCUGGACUUUGUCAGCCAUCACGUCAGAACCAAACUGGAUGAGUUGAAGAGGCAGGAGGUGAACCGACUCCGAACUCUGAUUAAGGCAAAGCAAGACCUUGAAGGAGGGAACGACAUAGCAGUGGACCACCAGGCUCUGCUGAAACAGUUUGAGUACCUGAACCACAACAACCCUCAUACGUUUGAAGUGGAUGACCUGGAUCGGCUCAUCAAAUCGGCAACAAAUGAUCUGGAGAACUUUGACAAAGACAGACACGAGGAGUUCAAGCAGUAUGAAAUGACGAAAGACCAUGACAGACGGGAACACCUGAAGACACUGGACGAUGACGAGAGAAAGAAAGAGGAGGACCACUAUGACGAGCUGAGGAAAAAGCACGCCGACCACCCUAAAGUCAACCACCCGGGUAGUCAGAAUCAACUGAAAGAGGUGUGGGAGGAAGCUGAUGGCCUGGACCCUGAAGACUUUGACCCUAAGACCUUUUUCAACCUGCAUGAUAGCAAUGGAGAUGGCUAUUUUGAUGAGCAGGAGCUGGAGGCCUUGUUUACUAAAGAGCUGGAAAAAAUCUAUGACCCCACCAACGAAGAGGAUGAUAUGGUGGAGAUGGAGGAAGAGAGGCUACGUAUGAGAGAGCAUGUUAUGAAUGAGGUGGAUUCUAACAACGACAGGCUGGUCUCUUUAGAUGAGUUCCUGGUUGCUACUAAGAAGAAGGAGUUCUUGGAGCCAGACAGCUGGGAGACUCUGGAGCAGAACCAGGCCUACACAGACGAGGAGAUGCGGGAGUUUGAGGAUCACCUGGUUCAGCAGGAACAGGACCUCAGCGAAAAGUCUUUCGACCUCCAGAAACAAAGAGACGACCUGGAGAAGCAGCAGGAGCAGCUGAAUGCACAGAAAAUAGAGCUGCAACAGGCUGUGGAGCAUAUGGAACGGUUAAAAUCACAAAAAAUAGAACCCCCUCCCGAGGUUCACGUUGAGGGAAAUGCUAUCCCAGAGGUGCACGCAGUUGACAACCAGUUGCAUCAUGAACAAGAGGCCCAACAGCCCGAGCAUCAUUUUGAACCCCAAGACCCUCAAAAUACACUUCAGGAACACCAUGAACAACAACAACACCAUCAGAACCUGGCCCAGCAAGGCCUCCCCCAGGCGCGCCACGAUCUGCCCCCAGGCCACCAGGAGGCUGCACAAGGCCUACAUAAUGUGCCAUAACAAUGCUGUCAGAACUUGAACCACCACUAUCAGACUAUUUGAAGCACCUCCACUCCAGCGUGCAGAGGAGCAGUUCCUCCCGAGUAUUAGGCCUCUUUAACCAGCAUGACUCUUAGGUUUGGAGGAAACUUGAGAUGAAGGAGAGCAGCACAAGGAGAGCUGAAUAAUACCGGUGUUUGAUAAUUGAUAAUCCUUAGAUUACAAAUGAUAAAAUGAUCAACCAAGGCUGUGCAUCCUAAAAUGUGCAUAUUUACAUUUUCAAGGAGUGUUUGAUUACAUUAGAAAUGUUUGGUAAUACAAUUUUACAAAAACAUCAUUCUGGUGAGCUUUCUUUACCUGCUGUUUGCUUUUCAAGAUCCAGAACCUCUGACAAUGCCAUGCUUCCUUCUCUACAAGCGGAGAGGUUUCAGAUAACCUGUGGGAUAUGGCCAGUGAAGCUGUUGAGGGGAAUGAGAUCUAAAAAGUCAUUUAAAUGUACUAUCGAAAUACCCCAAAACAUCUCUAAAAAGAGAUUAGUUUACAUGUGUCUUGUGGUGAAACGUAUACCACUGUACUCAAACAUAGAAAUGGACUGCAAUAGACAUUUUGAUGACUUUCUAUACUGGCAUUAAGAGCAAAAUAAUGCCUUUCCUGCCAUUAUCUAUUGCUUCUACUGUCACCAAACUUUCCUCAUGAAACUAGACUGAUACCAAUACUUUUCCUACUUUCUUAAUGUGGAUUCUGGUUAGCUGUUUACCCAACUGACUUUGGUGUCGAAAUCAGAAGUUUGUUUUUUAAUAAGCAUAGGUAAGGAACAUCUCACAUUUAUCAUUUGUUUUAAUAAAGCCCUUUGGCUGGUAAAGUUGUAUACUUUUACUCCAAUGUGUAUUAUCACAAUUUUCUUCAACCAACUGCUGGAUUCGUUUACAUUUUUGCUGUAAAUUUAAAGAUUAAAAAAAGACAAAGCGGUUCAGAGUCUGAUCUUACCACUGUUUUUUUGUCUAGUAAUUUCGGUUAAAAUGGUAACAUGGAAACUUCUGAAUUUGUUUUUAGCUCACAACAUAGUGUUUGGCACUACAUGUUUAUUACUUUGUGUUUCACAAACUUGGCAUGUCAUAUUUCUCUCACAAUUGUAUUUGGUGUGUUAUCAAGGUUGCUUUGUACAUGUAGUGUUGUGGUUUCUUUAUGCUGGAAGAAUGGCCAUGGCAACAAGUGUUGACUUAUUGCCACUUUUUCUAAAGACUUUAUUUGUAUCCAGUGAGAAAGCAGGUCCGGUGCUACUUCAUCCACAAUCUAGAUAUGGGAUACAACUUUUACUCUUUGUGCGGUGUCAUUUGUUUUCUGUGCCAAGCCUUCCUUUGAGACAUUACUGCAUCAUUUUUUGCACAAAAUGGACACUGUUUUUGUUUAAUACUUUACAUCUCAAAUCUAGAUAAUAAACAAUGACCUUUCA